AACAAACAGCUGCUUUGCCUUUGUGUGUUGUGAAUAUCUAAAGCCCAUAGAGGGGCGUUCAUGCUUCCUUCCACGUCGUCCUUUAAGAGCACAGUCAUGAACAUUUCCCUCUAGCGCUCGCAGCUUGUAUUAUUAUCCAACAGCCCCGUCAUGGCGGCACAGACUCGAGCUCUGGUGUCAGCUCAGUGGCUGGCAGAUGCCAUCAAAAACAACCUGGUCGGUCCCAAGCUUCGUAUCCUCGACUCUUCAUGGUACCUUCCCAAAACGAAGCGGGACCCGAGGGCUGAAUUUACGCAGAAGCACAUCCCGGGCUCCUCUUUCUUUGACAUCGACGACUGCUGUGACAAGAGCUCAGAUCUGGACCACAUGCUGCCAACUUCCAGCCACUUCUCCCAGUAUGUAGGAGACCUGGGCAUCGGCAACGACACGCAUGUAGUCGUGUAUGACACCAGCGACUUUGGGUCGUUCGGCGCGCCCCGGGUGUGGUGGAUGUUCCGGCUGUUUGGGCACAGCUCGGUGUCGGUGCUGGACGGAGGUAUGAAGAACUGGCUGGCUGGAGGUUAUCCGGUGACAGCUGAAUACUCCAAACCGGAGUUUGCAGAGUUUAAAGCGACCCUGAAUCAGCCGUGGGUGAAGAGCUAUGGAGACAUACUGGAGAACAUCAGAACCAAGCAGGUCCAGGUGGUGGAUGCCAGGUCUGCAGGGAGGUUCAGGGGUGUUGAGCCGGAGCCCAGAGAUGACACGCUGCCAGGACAUUUCCCCGGUGCAAUCAGCAUGCCGUUCACGUCUUUCAUGGACGCCUCUGGAAAGGAACUGGGAACUGAGGGCCUGUCUAACCUGUUCAAAGAGGCCGGGGUUGAUCUGAAGCAGCCGCUCUGGGCCACCUGCGGGUCCGGUGUCACAGCAUGUCACAUUGCUCUGGCUGCUCACCUGCUCGGGCACCCUGGGGUGUGCGUUUAUGAUGGCUCCUGGUCUGAAUGGUUUAAAAGAGCGUCUGCAGAGCAUAUUCUCUCAGAGGGAGAGGGGAAGAAAAUGUGAAUGAAAAGAGGAGCGGCAGUGGAGCACUACAAGCAGGGACGUGAUGUGACUUUUACAAGGGAGAGCAGCGUGUUUGCUGCCAACAAGAGUGAUGAAUCAAGACUAUAAAACUAGCCUUAUAGUGUACUUUGUAGUGAUACUGAGGAGAUGCUGCUUAAGGCUGCGCACAGUGAGCUGCUUAUGAAACUUAAAGAAUAGUUGCACCUUUCAGCAGCUGUCAGAAGCCUUUAAUGCAAAUCUACCUAUGCAAAUUAUCUGACUUCACUUUAUAGGACAGUUACAUGUUUUAGGAAGGCUUACAAUAUCCUGAAGUAACGUGAUGGUGUUGUUUGUUACUGUUAUGUCUCAGUAUGAUAUAAAUGACGCAGUUAAGUAGGAAUUAGGACAGAGGAUGUUUUGUUCUUGAAGAGGGUGCACUUUCACAAUAGGAGGAGGUCAUGUGAAUACUUGAUGAAUUCUUUUACAAGUGUUAAAAUAAACAUUUAAGCUCCUUGUUUUGUUCAGCUA